CGUUCAUUCCGCUCGUUCAGUUCAGUUCAGCCGGCGAGGGAGCGCACACCGGCCGCAGCUUGUCAAACCGAUUAAAAAAACAAAUUAAAAAAUAAAUAUGAGGGAAAUUGUGCAUCUUCAGGCCGGACAGUGCGGGAACCAGAUUGGAGCUAAAUUCUGGGAGAUCAUCUCCGAGGAGCACGGUAUCGACCCUCAGGGAGUCUACAAGGGCACCAGCGACCUUCAGCUUGAACGUAUCGACGUCUACUACAAUGAGGCCUCUGUUGCGUGCGCGGAGAACGGCGGGAAGUACGUCCCCCGCGCCAUCCUCCUCGACCUGGAGCCCGGCACCAUGGACGCCGUGCGCUCCGGCGCCUACGGCCAGCUGUUCCGCCCCGACAACUUCGUGUUCGGCCAGUCCGGCGCCGGCAACAACUGGGCCAAGGGCCACUACACCGAGGGCGCCGAGCUCGUCGACGCGGUCCUAGACGUCGUCAGAAAGGAAUGCGAGAACUGCGACUGCCUCCAAGGCUUCCAACUCACACACUCGCUCGGCGGAGGCACCGGCUCGGGAAUGGGCACACUGUUAAUCUCAAAAAUCAGAGAGGAAUACCCCGACAGAAUCAUGAACACAUACUCGGUUGUACCUUCCCCUAAAGUAUCAGACACUGUCGUAGAACCGUAUAAUGCGGUACUCUCUAUUCAUCAACUCGUUGAAAACACAGAUGAGACAUAUUGCAUUGAUAAUGAAGCUCUAUAUGACAUCUGCUAUAGGACCCUUAAAGUACCUAACCCUACGUACGGGGACUUGAACCAUCUAGUGUCUCUGACUAUGUCUGGUGUUACGACGUGUCUUAGAUUCCCUGGUCAGCUGAACGCUGAUCUCAGAAAGCUGGCGGUAAAUAUGGUGCCUUUCCCGCGUCUGCACUUCUUCAUGCCCGGGUUCGCGCCGCUCACGUCCCGCGGCAGCCAGCAGUACCGCGCGCUGACCGUGCCCGAGCUGACGCAGCAGAUGUUCGACGCCAAGAACAUGAUGGCGGCGUGCGACCCACGCCACGGCCGUUACCUCACCGUGGCCGCCAUCUUCCGCGGUCGCAUGUCCAUGAAGGAAGUCGACGAGCAGAUGCUGUCGAUCCAAAAUAAGAACAGCAGCUUCUUUGUGGAAUGGAUCCCCAACAACGUGAAGACGGCCGUGUGCGACAUCCCUCCUAAAGGCUUGAAAAUGUCUUCGACCUUCAUUGGUAAUACGACUGCGAUUCAAGAGCUGUUCAAGCGUAUCUCGGAGCAGUUCACGGCUAUGUUCAGGCGCAAGGCUUUCUUGCAUUGGUACACUGGGGAAGGAAUGGACGAGAUGGAGUUUAACGAGGCCGAGAGCAACGUCAAUGACCUGGUGUCGGAGUACCAGCAGUACCAGGAGGCGACGGCGGAAGAUGACACUGAGUUCGAUCAGGAAGACCUGGAGGAGUUGGCCCAGGACGAGCAUAAUUAGAUAGUCUUAGCUAGUAUUUAGGAUAAGCCUUGUUUCCGUGGUUAGUUUGUUUUUAUUUCUAACUAAAAGUUUAGUCAGCUUGUCUAUGAAAUCUUUUUAGAAUUUACUAAUCGUGGAAACAGAGCUUAUAAACGAAUCAAACCUAUCCUCGCUCGAAAUAUUUUACUUUUUAUAUGUCCAACGAAUAGAGGCUAAGUCGCAUUUAGUCCGACGCGGACCAAUGAAAGAAUUAACUCACGAAAACUACAAGUCAUGGAGAAUUAUGCGAAGUUGGCAACACUGUGGCGCUAGUAUCGCAGUAUUUAUUUCCGACUGAAGGACUUGUAUCCAUGGUCAUGAAAUAAAUUAAAAAAAAAGUAUCGCUGUAGCUGACAGGCUUUGCAAUUCAAAAUGGCGUCUCGACUGACCAAUCAGAAUAGAUUUUACUUACGAUGAAUAUACGUUUUUAAAUGUUUUUAUUCUAACGUAAUGUUAGCUUACUAUUAUAUUUUUCCUAAUUUGAAAUCGAGAUUUUAACGAGCAGUACUGAAGCGUCAAUAUAUUGACGGUUUUGAAAGUGCAAGUAAUAUAGUAUUACAGAAAUUUUAUAGAUAAGGAAGCAAUAAGGAACGUACCAAUUUGUGCAUUUCCUAGCUUAAGUUAUUGUAAUGUCUUGUAUGCUUUUAUAUAUUAAUUUAUAAUUAAAUGUUUUACACAAAU